CAGCUACAUGCGACCAUAUGAUCCACUGACGAUAGGAGAGUUCGGACUACGAGUUUUGAGAACUCAAUGAACUCUGUACAUGGUAGAUUAUAUCCGAUUUGUUUGUUUUUCACCAAGCACAUCAGGGUAAAAUCAAUAACACACAAUUGAAGCGCUGACAUUACACACUUCGGAUCGCAUUCCCUGAGCUAAGAAACAGUGUAAUCGGUCUUGAUCGAUCUUCGCCAGCAGAUAUGGCAAUCACACAAAUUUGAGAACAGCUGGGCAAAGUUUCAUUCAGUUUAGACCGCCUUUGUUCUUCUUUGGCCGAGCGUACAAACUGAGGCAGCCAGAGGCAAUCAUGAUACAAGGAAUCUUUUACGCCCGGUUCCUGCCGCAAGAAGGUACCAAAAUCGUCGCCCAAAGUCCUCCCGGCUGCAUCGUCCCGUCGGAGGGAGCCACAAAGGCACCGCUCCUCGACUUUGACGUGCUGCAGGAGUACAUCAUCCCGCGCAAGGCCUUUUUUAACCGGUACGUGACGGUGAGGGACCCGGACGGCAAGUGCAGCGUCUUGGGGUUUCCAGUAUCCAUCUUCCACCCAAAAUACCACCGCAACGAGUUCAUCUUCAACUUUGGCCUCGUCGUCGACGCCGGCCUGUCCGCCGCAGACCAGCUGCCUUACGAGCGUGUCGUCCGUCGCCUGGCCGUCACAUUUGCCGAGCUCGAGAAGCAAAACGAGUACCUGAGCGCCCUGGGCGGUGGGUUGGUUGCCGCGGGACCCGUGUGCCACAGCUCCUCGGCAGGAUAUGACGACUUUAGUGCUCGCCGCCCCAUAGAGGGACUGCUGGAGAUCGUCAGGGAAGACCUCAACAACUACGGCGAGUGCAUGAUCCCCGUUGACGACGCCAACGCCAUCAACAUGAAGCUCUUCCCCUACCACCCGGUCCCGCCGCAGGUCAAGGGCUGGCACGUCCCCGUCGCCAAGCUGCGCCUCGCCGACGUGGUCGACGACACGUGGGACCUGACCAUGCAAAAGGUCAUCGCCCAUAUCGACGGCGUCAACGACGUUCGCCGCAUCGCUUUUCUAGCCGACGUCUCCAUCGACCUGACCCAGCUGGCCCUCCGCCACCUGCUCUACUACGACACCGUUCUCCUCCUCGACAUGUUCUUCUUUGGCUCGUGCUACGCGCCCCGCCCCUCCAUCCACGAGUUCAUCGCGAACCUCGACGGCGUCGUCGAUGAGUGCGCCGCCUACGUCUGCGUCAUGCCGCCUGGUCCCUCCAGCAGCGGCGGCGGUGGCGGAAACGGUGGAGGGGAUGCCUCCUCGGGCUCUACGAUCAACAACCACCACUUUGGCAGCCGCUCGUCGGCCGAGACGUCUCCAACCGCGCAUCACCAUCACUACCGCCCUUCUCACCCGGGCACACCCCCACGGGUGAGCAACUUCCUGCUCGUCAAGCUGAUGACGAGCUUCUGCGCGGGGCGGACCGUGAUGGAGUGGCUCAAGGUGCACCUGGACACGGGGUUCGACGUGCUGCGGUUCGUCGACGUGCGGCGCCUGGUCCAGUUUGGCGUCAUCAAGGGGUUUCUGUACCGCGUGCACAAGCACGUCGUCUCCAAGCAGUACAUCGCCGCCCUGGCCACGGGACAGGCCCGACCAUCGAGGGACGCAAACGCGGACCCGCUGCAGAGGUAUACCGAUGGGCGUCACUGCUUUGAUCAGAUCAUCACGGAGCAGAACCUUGCCGACCCCGAGAUCCUGGACAGGCUGAGGAACCUCCCUCUGCCGCCGGGCGACCUGACGGUGUUUUAUAGGUAGUUAUUCGGUGGUAAUAAUCUUGGUUGCCUGUUGUAAUACCCCAUCGUGAGCGUUAUUUUUGGCCACGUCCUGAACAUAUGGCCAACCCCAUGCUGCAUAUAUGGAAAAAAAGUGGACUAAAUGGUCCAAGGUAUCCUGUUUAUGUCGCGAGAACAGUGUGCCUACAUCUACAUUUAUAUAAAUUAUACAUUUUGUACAAGGACAAGAAGUCUUGGACGUUUCACGGCGUGAAGCCUCUUGCCCAUAUCAAUACACCAACUUCCGUGCCUAUUUCCCCUCUUGACCAACCAGCUUCUGUUGCUGCUCGAGUCGUUGU